UGCAACAUGGCGGCCCGUGUCCUGAUGCAGUGUGUCCGCUCGCUUUCCCGUCCCUCUCUGCGGCUUUGCUCCGGCAACCCUGCCGUCAGAGCCGCUGUUCUACCUUCAGUCACGAUUCGCCAACCGUUGUCCUUGGCCGCAAACAGCCGGAGGACGCGGUGGCCCGCUCAGAUCCAGAUCCCCGCAGUGGGCGGUUUGUGCCGACAGUAUAGUGGUAUGCCCCCCCUCACUUUAGAAAUCAUCACAGACCGCGUCCUGUAUGUACUGAAGCUCUACGACAAGAUUGACCCAGAAAAGCUGGAUUCGUCCUCACACUUCAUGAAGGACCUGGGUUUGGACAGUUUGGACCAGGUGGAGAUCAUAAUGGCCAUGGAGGAUGAGUUUGGUUUUGAGAUUCCAGACGGUGACGCAGAGAAGCUGAUGACUCCAGCGGACAUCGUACAGUACAUCGCAGACAAGAAGGAUGUUUAUGAAUGAUGCGUUCUGUAGCUCAGUGGCAGAGGGUGCCCUCCCCCACACAGGAGGAACCAAAGCAUUUUCCACUUCAGCCCCCGUCAGCUUUUCCAGCUCAUCGUGGCGAUGUCUGCGUCACCUGCCGCGUCUCGUGUUUCACUGUAUUUAAGCGAACGUGCUGUUGGGAGCUUAGAGAUUUAAAACUUGAUUAAAAACAAAACAUACAACAGCUCUGAUUUGUUUAUUUUGUUUUUUACCCCAACCUGCGGUGUUGAUGUAUAAUUUGUUAAAUAAGAUCAAUAAAAACAGGUUGUAUGGUUCUGUUA